GUGAGCCCGGCCGGCUCAGGGAAAUGAUUUUCAGCAGAUCAAGUCAAGAGUUGAAACGAAUCGUUUGGUUUUUGGAAUAACUUAAAAUAAGUUUGAGUUAGUUUUUUUUUUUAAACUGAAAUAUUCGAAAAGGCAGUCAACAGGCAUAGUUUAACAGUGGAUAUAAGUAAUAAAUAUUAUUACUUUAAAAAUAUGUGUCAAGAACUAUUGUUUUUAUUUUCUACAUAGCAGUAAAAAUGUCAACAGGAAAAAGAUUAGCGAAAAGGUCCAUUUUAGGUACCCGUGUGUGCGCCCCAAAUGAGCAGGGGCUUUAUGUCCCCGGUGUGAUACAGGCCACCAGGAGCGAUGACCAUAGAAGUGUGUAUGCUGUAUGUUUGGAUGAUAAAUCCGUUAGCGAGUAUGGUCAAGCCGAUUUGGUCGGGUCCGGGUUCAAAACAGUCAUGGACGUAAUUCUUCAAAGGGGACAAAGAGUUUUUGUGACUUACAACGGACGAGAAAUUAAAGGUGUCGUUAAUGACCACAGGCCAGAUACAGAUGAAGUUGAGUUAACACUUCCUUCCAUUGGACUUGGACUUAAAAAAAGACUUGAAGAGAUACGGCUGAUUGAGAGCCGAAAAUCAGCUCGGCUGCUGGACUUGGACACGGACUAUUCUCGCUUAGCCGAUGGUCAACCAGAGCCGAGAAGGAGAGCAUCAUCUUUGAGCAUAGAUGUGCCCUAUGGCCAGAAUGGCCGGAAACGAAGGUCAAGUGCAGACGAUGGUGUCAUGGAUGAUUGCAUGGCAGCCAUGGUUCUCAUGAGUCUCUCUUGUAGUCCUAAAUCCCCCUGCCUGCCCCCCAUCACAGGUGAGUCCCAUGUUUUCUUAUUAUUCCAUUUACUCAAAAUUAUUCUCGCCUUGGCGCUGCCGACAUUCCAAUUUUAUAAUUAAUUCGUAAUGACCGGAUACACUUUUUACUUUUUCUUUGUUCUUUUCGUAUUAUAAAGUUGAAGAAGAAAUGUAAUUUGUGGCCUUCACUUUCUGUGAUUUUUUGACUAAGAAAUUACUUAAAUAUAUGAAGGAAAAUAUCUAUGAAAAAGAACUCGCUUUUUUUCUAAUUUUUUUCAUAUAUUAUAAUUAGAGAUGGGUCGUAACAGGUAUUAUAAAAUUACAUGUUACAGCUGAAAUUGCUCAAUAUUAAAAUAACAGAUACAAAAUCGUAUCUGUUAUAAAUACCGGUUCCAAAAUAAUAGAUCUUCGAAAUUUUAUUAACUGUUUUUAAUUUGAGAGAUACACCAGAACGGCUAGUAUUUUUUGCCAGAACGGCAAAGAAAUUAUUUAAAUAUAAGAAGGAACACCAAGUUGGAAAAAGAACUCGCUUAUUUUUUUUAUUGAUUUUUUCUAAUAUUUUUUUUCAUUUGUUAUAAUUAGAGAUAGGUCGUAACAGGUAUUCUAAAAUUACAUGUUACAGCUGAAAUUACUCAAAAUUACCGAUACAAAAUCAUAUCUGUUAUAAAUACCUGUUCCAAAAUAAUAGAUCUUCGAAAUUUUAUUAAUUGUUUUUUAUGUGAGAGAUACGCCAGAACGGUUAGCAUUUUUUGCAUUAGAUACAUGACGUUGUGGCUGUUGUCGAAUUUCCUGUGCCUAAAAUAAGGCGAUAACGAUUAGGAGACUAUUGAAACUUGCAUUGCCAUUAGGCACAGAACUCCAGAAGGAAGGUUUGAGUACUCUAGUUUGUCUGAAAUUGGUCGAAUAUUUGACACUCUGUGGCGAUAAUUUAGCAAUAAAUUAAUUCUGAGUUUAGCGGUCAGGAAACGAUUAAAACUUUUCUUCUGUUUUGCAACUGUCAAAACAAAUAAAGUGCUUUAAGAUUUCUAGAAAAGUGGUUUGACCAUUACUUUUUUUCUAACACUGAAAUAGAACUUCAGAAAAUUGAUUAAAAAAAAGUCUUCUUUUUGAAAAUAUUUUUUGUAACCUAGCAUACAAAAAUGACGAAUACAAAAAAUCUCAAUUUUGNUA